UCGCGGGGGUCCUGCUGCCGCUGCCGGCUCCUCCCGGGGCUCUCCUCCCGCGGAGCUCCGCGCAGCCCCGCGGAGCUCCGCGCCGCCCCCCUCCCCGGCAGGACGGCGCUGGCGGAGCCGGGUGGGGGGGAGGAGGAGGAGGAGGAGGAGGAGGAGGAGGAGGAGGAGGAGCAGCUCCGCUCCACAUGUCCGCCCGCUCUUCUCGGCUUCUGGGAGCAGGGGAGCGACGCGAGCGCGGCGGGCGGCGCGGCCGGCGGAGCGCGGCGCGGAGCGGCGCGGAGCGGCGCGGAGCGGCGCGGAGCGGCGCGGAGCGGCGCGGAGCGGGGGGGAGGAAGCGGAGCGGGGCCGGGCCGGGCCCCCCCGGCUGCAGGGGGCCGGGUUUUGCUUUCCGCGUCUGACAGCUCGGGGCAGCAGACGGCACGUUUCCAGCUCGCAAGGGGGACAGUCAAAAAAGCCCAGCCCUCCUCCUGACAGCACAUGGUUUCAGCGCAGGUUAACUAGGUCUGCGCUCUCGCUUUGCCCUCUAAAGCACUCUCGGUUUGCUGGGCUACGGCAGGAAUUAAAAUGCAGCUGACUGCUUGCUUCUUUUGGGGCUGCAGUAUUUUCUUAGCUUCAGGAUACAACUCCUUUAGUAAGAGCAUGGAGACGAUAGGCAAGAAGCAGUACCAGGUUCAGCAUGGGUCGUGCAGCUAUACCUUCCUCCUGCCCGAGACGGACAACUGCCGCUCCUCUGCCUCGUACGUCUCCAACGCCGUGCAAAGGGAUGCGCCUUUAGAUUAUGAUGAUUCAGUUCAAAGACUGCAGCUACUCGAAAACAUCAUGGAAAACAACACUCAGUGGCUAAUGAAGCUUGAGAAUUACAUCCAAGACAGUAUGAAGAAAGAAAUGGUAGAGAUCCAGCAAACUGCAGUGCAGAACCAGACAGCAGUAAUGAUUGAAAUAGGCACAAACUUACUAAAUCAAACAGCUGAACAGACCCGCAAAUUAACAGAUGUUGAAGCACAAGUAUUAAACCAGACAACAAGACUUGAACUUCAGCUUUUGGAACACUCUCUUUCAACAAACAAACUAGAAAGACAGAUUUCAGAUCAGACCAACGAGAUAACUAAAUUACAGGAAAAAAACAGCUUUCUAGAAAAAAGAGUUCUUGAGAUGGAAGACAAGCACACACUUCAGCUGAAGUCAAUAAAAGAUGAAAAAGAUCAGCUUCAAGUCCUAGUAGCUAGACAGAAUUCUAUUAUAGAAGAACUAGAAAAACAGUUAGUUACAGCUACAGUAAACAACUCAGUUUUGCAAAAACAGCAACAUGAUCUGAUGGAGACUGUUCAUAACUUGCUUACUAUGAUAUCUACACCAAACUCUAAGAACAACUUCAUAGCUAAAGAGGAGCAAAUCAGCUUCAAAGACUGUGCUGAAGCUUUCAAAUCUGGACUGACAACAAGUGGAAUCUAUACUUUAACAGUUUCAAACACUGUACAAGAAAAGAAGGCCUACUGUGACAUGGAAACUGGUGGAGGAGGUUGGACAGUUAUUCAGAGACGUGAAGAUGGCAGUGUGGACUUUCACCGGACAUGGAAAGAGUACAAGAUGGGAUUUGGUGAGCCUGCUGGGGAGUACUGGCUGGGAAAUGAGUUUGUUUCUCAACUGACUAAUCAGAAGCGUUACGUUCUUAAAAUACACCUGAAAGACUGGGAAGGAAAUGAGGCAUAUUCAUUGUAUGACCACUUCUCCCUAGCAAGUGAAGAACUAAAAUACAGGAUCUACCUUAAAGGACUUACUGGGACAGCAGGCAAAAUAAGUAGUAUAAGCCAACCAGGAAAUGAUUUUAGCACAAAGGAUGCAGACAAUGACAAAUGUAUUUGCAAAUGUUCACAAAUGCUAACAGGAGGAUGGUGGUUUGAUGCAUGUGGUCCUUCUAACCUCAAUGGAAUGUAUUACCCAUUACGGCAGAACAACAACAAGUUCAAUGGUAUCAAGUGGUACUACUGGAAAGGCUCGGGAUACUCUCUCAAAGCCACAACUAUGAUGAUUCGACCAGCAGAUUUCUAAGUGAUUUUGCAUUAUGUGAAUUACUUAUUGUAUAGUCUUCAAAGACUUCAUUUGCCAAGCAUAUAAACACACAUCUGCAACUUGUGUCAUUUUCAAGCCCAGAAAAUAUGCGCUAGUGUUCUAAAGGGAUCAAUUCAGUACAAUUCCUGAAUUGCAAUAGCCUUGAUCAGCUAAAGCUCAUAUCAUUCAACCAUGCACAGUCUAAAGCAUCAACGUGAUGUAACAGUGAUUCGGCCAAACAACUGAAUAAAAGAACAUCCAAGAAACUGUCAGACAACUUAAAGACUCUGUUUUACUGAUCAUUUAUGUUAUGUAUGUGUUAGUAAAUAACUGGAACUGUGAAAAAUACCUAAAAUAGUUUUAGAAAUAGGCAUUUUGCCUCAUCACUGAACUUUAAACAUUACUCUAAUAUAAAACACUUAACUAGAUCUAGAACUAUUUCUUUCUCUGUGUCAUGUUUGCCUUUUAUGUACAUAAAGAAUACUGUCUUGUAAUUAGCUCAAUACUAUAGGUUGAGUACAUUCUUCCCCCCCAUAGUCUUCUAAACAACUUCAUACACUUAUUCAGGGAUUUUUUUCCAGUAUUCUGUAGUACAUUAUUUAACAGAGAACAAAUAGCAUUUAAGUACUUUGCAUUUAGUGUACAAAAAUCACCAUUUCUUUCAGUUUGUACUUAUUACAUUCACUAUCUUUAAGUUACAUAAAUCCCUGCAAAUUACAAUAUAGUAUGUAUUUCUUUAUAUUUUUAUGAAGAUUGCACUUUUUUUUUUCAUGUCAUUUACCUGUAAAAUAACUGAUCAGUAUUUUAUAAACUGAGACAACGGCAUUAACACCAGAUGUCCGGUUGUCUAUGACAAUCAGUUAUCACCUGGUGCUGUAGUACAUCUAUACUUUUUGUAAAAUAACCUAACUGAAAAAUAUAUGCAUGUACUUUGAUACAAUUAAAUUUAUGCUUAUGACUCAAGAUACAAAUUACUACAUUUUAAAAAUUGGGGGAAAAAAAAAUAAAACUGAAAGUUAUCUAUGGUCAUACUGCUGGGUUCUUUUCAGUAAGGUUAGGACUUCUCCCUAGGAAUUCUCCAUAGGUAAGUCCUCAGUGUAUGCCACAAUGUGAAUAAAUUACUGGGUGAUUUUUGCUUUUUAACAAAUUUUAUUACUAUAUGGUUUAAAAUUGUGUACUGAACACUGCAGUUCAGAUUGAGAAGAUAUUUCUUGAUAAAUCACACAAAAUACUUCUGUGGAGAUUUUUCCCCCGAUUAGGUUUUAAUUCUCAUGCUUACUCUUUGCCUUAAAGUAAUAUUUUUGUAAACUUUUAAUUACAGCAGAUGACUGAAUUAGUUACAAGGUAAGAACAUAUCUGAUACAAAACCAAAACAAAAACCCCAGGCACAACAUAUUUGGAGGCUUUAUUAACAAAAAGGUAUUGUAUCUUAACAAUAGUAAAUGAUUUUAAGAAAGAGAGAAGAGCAAACUCUUCAUUUUAUACUGACAGUCAUUAAAGCUGCUGUCAGAGUACCCCACCACUAUUCUUCACUAAAAAUGUGUGUCAGCAUUACUAACGGGUAGCAGAGACAAAAAAUGCUUCUAAUAUUACUUCAUGAUCUGAUUUGAAAUAAACCUAGUGAAUGUAAAUUAACAGUCAUAAUCUGAAGAGUUGCAUAAAAUAAUCUCAAUGUAUUUAAGAUUAGUGUUUAGUAUCUUGUUUCUCCGAGAGAACUUGUAAGGAUAUACAUAUCCCAAACUAAAAAAAAAAAAAAGAAAAAAAAAAAGAAAAAAAAACUUCACAAAAUUACUUUCAUUAAUUUCUAAGAAAUGUCUUAAAAAGCACGUCUAGCAGACAGUCGCCAAGCUAGUAAAGGAGCUAGACAUACCAAGAAGCACACAGCUUAACAAGAGAGGCCAAGAAAGCUGGCCUUUUUCAGCCUGGAGAAGAGAAGAGGAUGGGGAGACUUUACUGCUGUCUACCACCGCCUGAUUGAGGACACAGGGAAGACAGAGCCAGACCCUUUUUGGAGGUGCACCACAGUGGGACAAAGGACAGGGACAAGAGGCACCAAACACAAGAUGGAGUUGGGGAAAUUGGAUUUUCAUUUAAUUUAUUAAUUUAUUACCACGAGGGUAGACUGGAAAAGUCCCUUGGAGCAGAGCACUGAGCUAGACAACCUUCAGAGGUCCCUUUUAAUCUAAAAUAUUUUAUUAUUUGAAAUAUAAUAGAAAUGUAUUUCCUGCUUCACUGCAUUUAGCCAGACAACUAAAGAAAAUAUGCCCAAUAUCUGAGAUAGUAAUAUCUGGCCCAGUAAUGUAAAAAAAGAAAACAAAAAACAAAAACAACAACAGAUUCUUAAAAAAAAUUCUUAAAAACCACAAUGGAAUCUGGCACAGGAUGAAUGCUCAACCUGGCAAAGGAAAAUAGUACUAAUUGCUGGUUGACAUUAACUCUCAUUAUUUUAGUAAGAAAACACUAUAUGACAAGAAUAAUUAAAUUGCACGGCUACUGUUGAUUUGCUGGAAAAAAGUCUUUACAGCGUGAUUGAAGAUAUUGAUGUAGACAUUGAACAGAACAAUAAUUUAGUGACAUUGUUAAGUUUUUUUGGAAAAUGGAGUAAUUUAUCAACAUCAUGUAAAAUUUUAGAGUGAAUAUGUUUUUAAAUGACAUUUUAUCUAAAUGAAAUAGGAUGGCUUAAACUGUAAGCACCAAAGUGAAAUGAGAAGAGGACAUUUUGGAAGGAAUGUAGUAAUAGGAAGAAGAAAGCUGCAACAACUGCUUUGGACUUGGUACAAACAGUUAAAACGUAACAGCAAGAUAACCCCUUCUUUUAAUUCCUUCCUGUAAUCAAAUAAACAGUAUAUAAAACUAGAA